AAGAGCUCCUGCACGGCACUCUAGGUAAACUAGCACGUGACAUCACCUCCUUCCAGUAUCGCCGAUCAGCCAGUUACAAGAUCCAAGCAUAUACACCACACUCACCCAGGAUGCAGACACUUCUACUCUUUCUCUCCUUCGUUUCCUUGGCGAGCUGCCAUGACUGUGUGCUUCAACCACUCAAGAUUGCUACUCGUGGACGGACGUACAAGACACCAGUCACGGAACUGAGGGAGGGCGUCCAUCCAGUCGAUAAAUGUGGAUUUGUAGUUGUGUGUACUUCAUCCAGGGCACACGUCUGUAGGCACAAACUUGACAACAGCUGUUCUGAGAUUGGUAAGAACUGUUCUAUACUGGCCCAGGCAGGCAAGAAUGGUCCUUUCCGAUGUGUGACCAAGCUUCCAAGGAGCAGAAUACCAUCAAUCCCAAAUAUUGUUGGCCAGCUUCGAAGACGCAAAACCCUUAGACCAUCAGCAUCGACUUCAACAAAACCAGAAAUAACGGGAGAACUUCCAACAGAUUCUUGGUGUGCGGAGGAAGAGGAAACAACAGGAGAAAGUAAGACGUCAUCUACUCCAACAACGGAAGCGACAACGACGACCACAGAGGAAGUGACACUGACUACCACUAAAGAAGCGACCACUGUCGUUAAUUUUGAAGAAUCAACAACAACAACGGAAGGCUGGAAGCUGGUUCGGGAAGGUACUACAUCUAUUCCUAUCACGACAACGACUGCUACAACACGUCCAUUUGGAAAGGAGAAAAGAAGAUUACCAUUUCGUUUUCGGCACAGGUCUUAGAAUAAUCGAUCGGAGAGAGGGAUAUAUUAUGGGAAAUCUUAUAAGAAACAUGCUGGUUUUAGGAGACGUCAGCCGUGAAACCAAGACGCAUCUUUUGAGAUAGAAAGAAAAACAUAGACUUUCUUAUCUAACAAUAAGGCCAAGUUUGCUCAUAUUUGACUCACCCAAUCGUUAGUGUUUGUCUUGCUUUCUCAUUUUCCUAUCUGAAAUUACAAGACCCAGCAUGAUCCUUCUCUGCGUGAAUGAUAACAGCGUCAUCUGUUUUCAAUAUCGACUUUACGCUCUUCAUAACACUGAUAAAAUUUGCUUUACACUCAUCAACAGGAUAUGUUUCCUCAAUGUGUUCUUGGUUUACAAAUUAAAGCUUCUAUUUGUC